AUGAGUUGGACUCUUUACGGGUAUAAUUUGAUGUGCUAUGAUCGGUUGUAUAUGAACGUGGACAAAUGGGUGUACGCAACACAAUAUGCAAUAGACGAACCAAACCGUAUAAUAAAUAUUCAUACAACUUUAAAGGGGUUAAAUAAAGAUGUUUACGCCCAUAGUUUAGCUUGUAUUACUAUAAAGUAUGGAUAUGCUAUAUGUGAUGAGGGUAUAUAUAAACGUUCUACUGGCUAUAACAUAGAUUUUGAACAUUGUGAACAUGACGUUACAUGUUUUUUAGGGUAUCGUGAUUUAUUUCGAAGAAUAGUGACCUUUUUGGUUGAAGAUGUGAAUGUGGGUAAAGAUAUUGAUGAGUGUUUUGUCGGCAAUAUUGUAGACAUUUGUGAACGUGUACAUAACUUAUUAGUUUCGCAACAUUUAAUUUAUAAAAUAGCUUUUUAUAUUCAACGAAUGAAGCAUGUAAACGAUAAUAUGGUCACGCGAUGUUUUUGUUGUAAUACUAGCAUUUGUACUUGUAUUAGUAGAGAAACGUUAGAGGUGUGGAAUUAAAUUUUUUUAGUGUAUUGUGUGGUUUGUGUUGAGAUGGACGCGUUUUUUCAACUUCAGCAUUGUGAAAUAAACGAGAAAGUGUUAAAAAAGUGUCGAGAUGUGCGUAAUAUUUUAAAUUUGCGUAUAACACACAUUAUAGACUGCGAAGCAUAUACGUGGUGUAAAAAAAAUGUUUUACGCGAAGUAUCUGUAUUGUGUAGACAGACAAAUAUUGUUACAACGUAUCAGAUUUACAUUCCAAAUACUAAAUUGUUUGAUGAAAAUGAUCGUGGGGUGCGUUACCAAAUAAGGGUAAUACAUGGUCUACCCAUUGAAAGACGACGUAUUGACGAUAAUUUUUAUUUAUAUAGCGAAAUAAUUGACAUGCUGCGUAAAAUCUUUGAAAGUGCCGAUUUGGUGGGUUACAAGGGCGGCAAUAUUGAACGUAAUUUGUUAAAUAUGCUUGGUAUUUCGUGUAUUAAUAUGGAAAUUUUGGGUUGCCCAAAGUAUGAAUAUUUAUUGUCAAAAUAUGACGUUGAACGGGAAUGUUGCGCAUAUCAUAUUACGGGUAAAUAUCAUUGUAGUGGACACGAAGUGAAGUUAUUCUCGCAGUUUUUAGAUGCAGUAUGAAUUGCCAUGAUGUACCUUUAAAUUUAAGUGCUUUGGGGCUAUUAAUUGAAAAUUAUUAUUUUGAUCCUGUGUUAUAGAGUUUGUAUUCAACAUGUUGGUAUUUGUAUAAAAAAACCCCGCAAGAUUUGGGAACGAGAGAAAUUCGUAUUCAAAAUUACAGGACCGCGUAUACUUACAAAUUAAAUGUUGAAAAUGGGAAGAAAAGUGUCGAGAAAGACCAAUCUUUGUUGUGGUUAAAGGGCGAUCUUUCGGGAAUGCGCGAUGUGCUAUUAUACGAUAAAAAUACGCCAAGUUAUUGCUUGAUCGGGGUGGAUUGUGAACAGGAAGAUGUUGAUGAUGAUAUAAGUGACGAUUUUGACGAAAUUGAAACUCAUAAAGUAUUUUAUAUAAUUUCGGCGGUGUGGUCACACUAUAUCUAUAUACGUUUUGAAAACAACACUUGGUAUAUGUAUUUGGCCGAGAAGAAAUUCUGUUGUAGACAGAUUUUGACCCGUGGAGAUGUAGUGGUUGCUCGACGUGAAAAUAUUAGUAUUCAACCCCAGUAUGCAGUUUCUGAAGAUUAUUUUCAUGUUGGUGUUGGGGAAUGCUCAACUGCUGUUCAUGAUGUGCUUGCAGAUGUGGGUAUAUUUGUGAAUAGUAUGCAAUUGUACAAUAGUGUAAAUUUGUAUGCACACCCGUACGAUAAAGAGCGUGAUGUAAUUUAUGCGUUGUCAGUGCACGAACACAUAUUUAAGUUUAAUGAUGAUGAAUUAGUUUCGGGUAAAUUUUUAAAAUUAAUAAUGAAGCAUUUAUUAGUGUGCCAAUGUUGUAAUUUGUAUGUAAAUAAAUUGGUUGAAAUGAUUUGUACAAGUUUAGUUAAACAUGAUACUUUAACAGACGUUAUGAACGACCCCGAUAAAGCAGAUAAGAUUUUACAGGGUAAUGUACCCUGUUAUACAUAUAUUUUGGACGGUGAUUUUGUUACUAUGCGUCGAGAUGCUUAUAAUGCACCGUUGAAAACAUUGCCAAAAAAUUGGUCGUGUAAAGAAAAGAAAAAUGUAAAUAUUUGUAAGGAUAUUAUUGAACUGUUUUUUCAGAAACACGGGUAG